AUGGUCCAUGUCGGGCUGAUCGAGCACAGGUCUGUCGUCUGCGUCCAACAUCAACCUAGGCCAAGCGUCCUGCGCCAGAGUGGAGCGGCGUCGGAGGACAGAGACGAGGUCCAAGAGCAGGUCGGUGGUCAACAGGUCGUCCCGUUUGACUUCCCAGUGUACGACGUGCAUCCGAGGACGAGGAGGCAGACCGGGGUAGGCACGGAAAAGGGCGAGAUCUGUCUGGCCAGAUUGUUCAAAAGGAGAGUGGUCGUCCAGAGUGGGCAGAGGGGCCACGAGCUUGUACCACUCCUUUAUGGGCAGCCAGUCCACUUCGGUCUGAUACAGAUGAUGAUGCAGACCGCGAGAGGCCGUGACGAGGGUGCGGGACAGGAGCGAUUGGAGCUUGGCUUCAGAGGUCAGAUAUUCAUGCCGGACAACAUCUUGAAAAGUAAGCGACCAAGAUUGCACACGGCGGGACAAGGCAGACAUGUCGACGGCGCCGGCCGGCUGGGACUGUGGGGAGGCGACGAGGGCGGCGAGAUGGUCCAGGGGGGUUGGGGAGAAGGAGAACUUGAUGGUGGAGGAUGGACCUGACGAUGAUAGACUGGCCCUGACGGAAUCCAUGUCCAUGGGGGUCAACGAGGUCUGAUUGAGCUUGCCCCGGUAGAGAUUCCGGGUGGUUGGCUGGGAUGGAGGAGGUAAAGAGAAAGAGUCGAACAGGGUGGAUAGCGUGGAUGGCAUGGUGGUGGUGGGAGUGAUGGUGGUGGGAGUGGUUGUGGUGGUGGUGGGAGUGAUGGUGGUGGGAG